CCGAUGAAAAUGGCUGACAUGGAAACUGAGAUGUACAGCAAGAGCCCAGAUAGUGGGAAAGGACACGAGAGGGAGGAUGUGAAGGGCGUGGAGAAGAGUGCCAAUGAGGAAGAGAAUGGAGAUGUGUCUGGAGAAGAGGAGGAGGAAGAGGAAGAAGAGGAGGAGGCAGAUGAGGAAAACGGUGGCAAGCCGGAGGAGGGCACCAAGCGCAGCAGCGGGGGACGGGGGAAGCACAAAAAGAAGAAGCGCAAGCACCGCAGCAAACACAAGAAGCACAAGCACUCCUCUGAGGAGGAGAAGGACCGCAGGCACAAGCACCGACACAAACACAAGAAACACAAGUGCAAGGAGGCCGCCCCCGCCUCCGCAUCCGCCUCCGCUGCCGGCGUCAACUGCUCCUCCGGCUAUGUCGCCGGCGGGAAAGGGGAGGGCUCCCCCUCGGCCAAGCGGCCGAAGCUGGACGACAUGGCCGUGCUGGAGGACCUGGAGAAGCAGAGGGCCAUGAUCAAAGCCGAGCUGGACAACGAGCUGAUGGAGGGGAAGGUCCGGUCGGGCAUGGGCCUGAUUCUGCAGGGCUACAAUUCCGGCUCGGAGGAGGAGGGCGAGAUCCAGGAGAGGGCACGGAACGGGGAGCAGCCGCAGAGGGGCAGCGCGGGGAAAGCCCUGGCUCCCAAGGGCUACGGCGCCUCGCAGCCCAGCAAGGACACCAAAGCCCGGCGCGAGUCUGCCAACGGCAGCAAGACCGGCUCUAAGCGGCGCAGCCGGAGCAGGUCCAAGGACCGAGCCGGCAAGCAGCACCGGUCGGACAGGAAGAAGAGCAAGAGCGGCGCAGAGAGCGGCAGGGAACGCGCGAGGGCCUGCAGCAGAUCCAAAGAGAGGAGGCGCUCCCGCAGCCCCGAGCAGGCCAGGGAGCAGGCCCAGAAGCCCAGGUCGCCCGCCGGCAGGCACCGCCUGUCCGCUGAGGGGGCCCGGAAGUCGGCGUCGCCCGCGGGGGAGGCGGAGCAGAAGGACCGCCCGGGCAGGAGGCCAUCGCCGCCGGCGCCGACGAGCGCGCAGGCGACAGGCGAGAGACAGAAUCACGAGCGUGCCAGCCGCAGGUCCCGGUCGCCCGAGCGGCGCAGCCGGUCGCGCAAUCGCCGCUCCAGGUCCAGAGACGGAAAGCCGUGGUGGUCUGAGGCGGAGAGGGGCAGGGGCAGGGACAGGGACAGGGACAGGAAGCCAGCCAAGUCCCCCUCAAAGGACGCAUCGUCCGGAAAGGAGAACCGCUCACCCGUUCGCAGGACGGGGAACAGUGCCCAGUGGCGGCGCAGCCCUUCCCCUCGCCGAAAGGACCGCCACACCCCCCAGGUCACAGACAAGAGCUCCAAGAGGAGUCACUCCCCCUCCCGGAACAAGUCCCCGGCCAGGAGAGGGCGCAGUCGCUCCGUGGAGCAUAGGCGCAGGGAGGCAGACCGUCAGCGCCUCUCGCCAGUCAGGGUGCGCUCCCGGGAUGAGACCGGGCCACACCGGGAGAGGUCCCCAGAGGCGAGCCCCGCUCUGGGCGCCCGGCGGAGAAUCAGCCGCUCUCCCCUGAGGCGAAGGUCCCGGUCUCCGCUGAGGCGCUCCCGAUCCCCCCGCAGACGGAGCAGGUCCCCCGUCAGACGAAGGUCGCUGGAGAGGGACAGGCUGGCCAGGACCAGGCAGCGCUGGCGCUCGGGCUCGCGGGAGCGAGAGCGGAGGCGGAGGCGCAGCCGGGACGAGGACAAGUUCAAGGGCAGCCUCUCGGAGGGCAUGAAGGUGGACCAGGAGUCCUCCUCGGAGGAACUGUUGGAGGACUAUGAUGUUGAUGAGGAGGACGAAGAGGCCCUUAUUGAGCAGCGACGUCUACAACGACAGGCCAUCGUGCAGAAAUACAAGGCGGUGAAUGAGGACAGCAACAUGUCGGUGCCCUCGGAGCCCAGCAGCCCGCAGAGUAGCACCCGCAGCCGCUCCCCCUCCCCGGACGACAUCCUGGAGCGCGUGGCGGCCGACGUCAAGGAGUACGUGCUGGAGAACGUGGACACCUUUGAGGCCAGCGUCAAGGCCAAGCUCAACCUCAUCGCCAUGGAGAAGGACGGAUCCACUCCAAAAAAGCCAUCAGCCCCUGAUAUGUUUACAGAAUCAGAUGACAUGUUUGCGGCAUACUUCGAUAGUGCAAGACUGAGAGCAGCCGGUAUUGGGAAGGACUUUAAGGAGAACCCUAACCUCAGGGACAACUGGACAGAUGCAGAGGGGUACUACCGAGUGAAUAUCGGGGAGAUGCUGGACAAGCGGUAUAGUGUGUACGGCUACACAGGACAGGGUGUUUUCAGCAAUGUGAUAAGGGCCAGAGACAUGGCCCGGGCCAGCCAGGAGGUGGCAGUCAAGAUCAUCCGCAACAACGAGCUGAUGCAGAAGACUGGGCUAAAGGAGUUGGAGUUCCUGAAGAAGCUGAACGAUGCCGACCCUGAUGACAAGUUCCACUGUCUGCGGCUCUUCAGGCACUUCUACCAUAAGCAGCAUCUCUGUCUGGUGUUCGAGCCUCUGAGCAUGAACCUGCGGGAGGUGCUGAAGAAGUACGGGAAGGACGUGGGCCUGCACAUCAAGGCGGUGCGUUCCUACAGCCAGCAGCUCUUCCUGGCGCUCAAGCUACUGAAGCGCUGCAACAUCCUGCAUGCCGACAUCAAGCCUGACAACAUCCUGGUGAAUGAAUCAAAAACCAUUCUUAAGCUGUGCGACUUUGGUUCAGCGUCUCAUGUGGCUGACAACGACAUCACGCCCUACCUUGUCAGCCGUUUUUACAGAGCUCCUGAAAUCAUCAUUGGGAAGCCCUAUGAUUACGGGAUAGACAUGUGGUCAGUGGGCUGCACGCUCUAUGAGCUGUACACAGGAAAGAUCCUCUUCGCUGGCAAAACCAACAACCACAUGCUCAAGCUCGCCAUGGACCUCAAGGGCAAGAUGCCCAACAAGAUGAUCCGGAAAGGUCUGUUCAAGGACCAGCACUUUGAUCAGAACUUGAACUUCCUGUACAUUGAAGUGGAUAAAGUUACUGAAAGGGAGAAGGUGACAGUGAUGAGCACCAUCAACCCCACUAAGGACCUGCUCACGGACAUGGUCGGCUGCCAGCGGCUCCCUGAGGACCAGCGCAAAAAAGUGGUGCAGCUCAAAGACCUGCUGGACCAGAUUUUGAUGCUUGACCCAGCCAAGCGGAUCAGCAUCAACCAGGCCCUGCAGCACCCUUUCAUUCAAGAGAAGAUCUAACCAGCCUGCCACAGUUAUGGCAACCACGUGACUAAGUACAUGGGUCUGGCAAAGAUCAGAAACAUUGCAUUGAUGCAUUAGGAAUUGCAGAGACGUGACACACGAAUGUCUAGAAGCUUAUUUUUUAAGAAAUGUAAUAAUUCUCUCUCAUUGAUUUUAAUGCAUGUGCAAAUCUUGUUUGUUUUUAUUAUCAACUGUAUAGCCAAAGUGAGGGUCCAAGAUCACAUGUGUACAUAUUUCUUUUUCUUCUAACAUGACCUGCAAAGCACCCAUACGUUGUGGGAACAGUUUGACCUCAGCCUCACCUCUUUGCUGGGGUAGAUUUACUUCUGUGUUUAUGGGCCUUUCCGGUGUGAGUGCGCAGGCCCCGGCCGCGUGACCGUGGCACAGGUCUGUGCUGAAGGGGGUCUUGUCCUACUUGAGCCUGCCCGCAGAGACGGCCUCCUCUGUUAAAGCAGGUUGUGUACCACUUUCAGUAGACUGAAGGUAAGCUCCCCAACCCAUCAGCUUCACUCAUGUUCUCGCACAUUCUAGCACCCAAAACAAGUCCUGGCCUCUUGGACGUUGGGCGGUUUUCAUGCCUCUUGCUUUCAAAGUUCUGAUAAGACACCACACAAAUGAAAAAUAACAAUAAAAAAAAUGCCAACCGCCAACCAUUUGAAAACUGUUGUAUUGCUGUCAACCUCCGUGUAAAAGAUUAACAGCGUUUCUCUUCAAAAACUCGGGAAUGAAUUGAAUGCGUUUGCUGGAAACCGGUUAAGUGCGCAGAAGUGAGGGGGUCGGGGGGUGUCUGCGAAACUCCGAUGGAGGAAAGCGCCUUCAGUGUACUGCUGCUUUUGUUAGUGAUUAUAUUUCACAUCUCUGCAGUGCUGUAACUUUUCAAAUGUAAUGUAUAGUCUACUGUUUUUUCCUGUUUGGUUUCCCCU